GGAAUUCUCAGGGUGAAGGAGCCUCUGGACCUGGGGCCUCCAGGAAGUGACAGUUGGGAACUACUCCCUGAAGUCUCCCCUGGUCCUCUGCUGGGGCUCUCUCUGGACGUGAUCCCCACUGAGCGCUGGGGACAGUGACUCGCUGAUUCAGACUUGAAGAAGGGCCUCUCUUUGGGGAGGCUGCCAAGGUCACCAGACCCGGACCUCAGGACUGGGCAGAGCCCUGGGCCCGGUGCUGCUGCCCAGCUCCCCGCGGGGCCAAAGGUCCCGAGGCAUUGUGCUCCAUGUUGGCCCCAACCAACAACGUCUUCCACCGGCCCCUCUGGUUGUCCAACCGCCUUUCCCCCAGGGAGGAGCAAGAGCUGGAGCUUGGUGAGCAGAUUACUUAGACUCGAGCUUCCCAGGAGACACAGGGAAGCACUGGACCUGCAACCCAUCCUGGGAGGCCCACCUGGUCAGCAAAGCCAGGGCCAUGCUGGUCACUGAGCAGAGCCUGGUGUUGGACACCAUCAGCAUCUACCUGUAUGCUCAAGGCCAGCUGGUGGAGAAGCACCGGAUGUCAGACUCUGGCAUGGACAUUCAGAGGCUGCUGGAGUUCCUGAAGAUGGACCCCCAGAAGGCUGAGGACAAGGUCUUCCUCUUCCAACUUUAUGGGAUCUUCCUUCGCGAGUGUGCCGACAUGGAGCUGGUGAAGUGGCACCUGACCUGCCUCCUGGAGUCCUCCCACCUGUCCUGCAGCCAGCGAGAGGGCAUCGCCCUCUCGGUGGGCUUAGCGUCCACCACGCACCUGGAGGAAGUGUGGGCCCUGCUGGAGCACAUGGGCCGAACCAGGUUCCUGAGGUGGGCCCUCCCGUCCCCAGAGAGCCAGCCAAAGGACCCUGACCUACACUGGAAGUGGGUCAGCAGCACCUACCUGCUGUGCUAUGGACAGAUGGCCAUUCACGCCAAGGAGCGGAUCCUGCCCUGGGUGGACAACAUCAUCUCCAGGAUGGUGUACUACUUCUCCUGCAGCUACUACGAUGAAAUCCUAGAAUCGAGCUUCCUCUCCGCAUGCAUCCUGCUCACAAGGGUGCUCAGGAAAGAGUACGGCGCCCAGAACUACAAGUUCACUCAGACGCCAGAGCUCAUCCAGUGUCUCCUGUGCAUGCUCCAGAAGGAGCCUGACUUCCUGGCCACCCUCUGCCGGCAGAGGAUCAUACUCGUCAUUGUGGGUCUGAGCAACCUGCGGCCCAGCCUCAAGCCCCUGGUCAAGUCCAGGAUUCUGCAGACCUGCCUGCGGAGCGUGUACCUGCUGCCCCCAAUAGAGGAGCUGAAGAGCAAGUCCCCUCCGCUGGAGCCAGCCCCGGAUGUCAUGGCGCUGUACGGGAAGACGGUGAGAGCCCUGGACCUGCUCCUCCAGAACUUCUUCCUCGAGAACCCGAGCAUGGACGAGCUCUCCUUCCUCCUGCAGCACACCGAGCGCUGGCUGAAGUCCGACAGGAGCCACGAGCGCAAGCGGGUGGUGCUAUCCAUCUUCCUGCUCCUUCAGUACGUGGUGGACUCCCUCAAGUUCACCGAGGAGGCCACGCCCUCCAUGCUGGGUCACCACAUUGGCCUGCUGACUCUGCUGUGUCGGGACAAGGACAAAGUCACCAGGAGCCACUCUCAGCAGUGUGUCUCGCUCCUCCUCCAUCUGGUGGUGGAGCAGAAGGGGAGGGCGCUGGAAUUCAUGCCCUGGAACAAGGCAAAGCACUUCGAGGUCAAGGUCUCCAAGGAGUGGGAGAUGAAGCUUGGCCACAUGGUGAAGGCCUUUCGCAAGGACCUGACGGUGGCCCAGCACACGCAGCUGGUCCUGACGCUGCUGCACGGCCUCCACAGUCACAGCCACCUGCGCUGCGACCUGGCCUCCAGGCUCCUCCUCAUGAUCUUCCAGGACGCUGGCAUCAAGCCUGAGCAGGUGGCCGAGAUCCUGCACAGCCUGCUCCAGGAGCUGCCAGGCAUCCGCUUCAAGAACGUCUACAAGACCAUGAUGAAGGCCAUCGCAGCUCUGGGAAACCAGCACACCCAGGAGGUGGUGGAGGUGACCCUGUCCCUGAGCCACCCCUUCGAGAGGAAGAUCCUGUUCCUGUGGAGGACCCUGGCGACCAACCAGCAGCUGGCCCGCAAGGUCAUGACGAUCCUCUACAUGAAGCUGAAGCUGCGGCCCUCCAGGGAGUUCAUCCAACCCACCCGCCAGGCCCAGCUGGUCUGCCUGAAGGCCCUCAACACCAUUUACGAGCUGCUGUACACCCAGGAGUACAGGGGCACGGUCCGCUGGGCCUUCGCAGGGGUGCUCAUGGGCCUGCUCACGCAGCUGCACUACCUGCUGGAGAUGGGCAUGGUGGAGGGCAUGUCAGACUACCAGGAGGACAUCCUGGACGACAAGCCCCUCGGGCCCUGCAGGACCUGCCUGGAAGCGCUGAAGGGCCUCUUCUGGACCACGAACUACUGGGAGGUGUUUGCCCACGUCAAGCUGCUCAACGGCUGGGAGUGCCUGGAGUGCCUGGAGACCUACCCCCAGGGAGUGACCCUCUUGGCCAGAGCUAUGUCCCACUAUGACUGUGAGGUCAAGGCCAUCCUGGGGCAAGCCAUCAUCUUUCUGAAGAACAGUGAGGAGCGAGACAACCUUGUGGCUAUCCUCAUCAUCUCAGAGUUUCUCAGCAGCCCGGAUGUCUUCCAGCAUGUGAAUCAGAGGUCCAUGGUCAACUUCAUGAACCUGAACCUGAAAAACCCCAACCCGCUGGUGCGGGCCAUGAGCCUGCAGGCCCUCAGCAGCACCCUCAUGCACCCCAAGAAGAUGGCCCUGCUCCAGAGCCGGCUGCUGGAGCUGCUGGACAGCUUCCUGCAGCCCGAGCCCAACGACCCCCUGGGGCUGAUGCAGAUCCUGGGUGACAUCCUGCACCGCCUGGGCGACCAGGGCGUCGGCGCCGUCAUCCUCAAGAUCGCCCAGCACCUGCGGCUCUUCUUCGAGGACGUAAGUGCAGAGGUGCGAGGGUGCGCCAUCUUCCUGUUCGGGGAUGUCAUCCACAGUGGUGGCAAGAAGUUCCGGCAGGCGCUCAAGACCUUUGCCUUCCAGGCCCUGGUGCCCCUGCUCUUCCACCUGGCAGACUCCUGCCCUGAAGUGGUCAUGAAGACCAAGCUCACCUUCCUGCGCUGUGCCAUCUUGCUAAAGUGGGAAUUCCGGAAGGAGCUGUUCAGCAAGUUGGCCUGGGGCCGAGGACUGGGUGCCGAGAAUGAUGUUUUUAUCUACAUGAUAGAGAGCAACUUUGGCAACUACCACCAGUUUUUCAUGCAGGCCCUGACCUACCUGCACAGCCCCCACAGGAACCUGAAGCUGGCCGCCAUGAGGUUCAUCGGGGGAAUGCUGCAGGACUACUUUGCUGACCUCUGCUUCUACCUGAAGAAGGGUGACAUAAAAACCCUCAAGAAAAGCUUGAAGACCCUCAGGGAGGACCCGGACUCGAUGUGCCGCAGGUUCUACCUGAACUUCAUGGGAGACGUCAUGGAACUGUCCCACUAUGUGACCUGACCACAGGCCUCAGCCGCCACCAGGCUCGCCCCGUCCUGGUCCUUGUUGAGUUCUCUCUGUAUUAAAUGCUGACAGCAGGU